GAGAGGAAACUACAACAGGACGGGAAAAGAGACAGACCUUGAACAGAAACAAAAGGAAGAUUUCUUUUUAAAAGUUCUAUGUUCAGUCUUCAGAAGCCUCUCACUUCAACCUGCAGCUGCAGUUUUCCUUUUUUUAAUCAUCAUUUCUUUUUACACCCUGAAAUAUUGUCCUGCUACAUCACAUCGCUCCUUCUACUCUGCAUGGAGAUACUUCCCCUUCUUCUUCUCCUGCUGCAACUUAGGACACUUUUCUCUCUCUGAAAACUGCAGAUUUAACAACUAAUACGCCAAAACUGCCUGUUUUUGAAAGGAUCCCUACAUCAAAAGCCCCUCUUGCAACUUAAAUAUCCUUAAUACUUGGACAGAGAUAGUGGAGACCGUCAAUGCAGCGUGCGUAAAAGGGACUGGUUGUUUUUUCGGGGAGGUGUAGGAGGAGGCGACUUCAGGAGGACGUACCGGGAUCAGAGUGCUCCUGGAAGAGCUCCGGGAAGAGGAGGAAGAGGAGGAGGAGGAGGGUGCGUCACGUUGCGAGAGAGAGAGAGAGAGAGCAUCCUCCCUACAAACACACACCCUUAAGACAACAGAGCUACAGUAAUCUUAUAAAAUUUCUGGGAAAAUCAUUUAAGUAUUUUAGCUAAAUAACCUCUUGCAGUAUCAUAAAGUAAAAUUAAAACAUCACAAAAAAAAUUGCAAAAGUAAAUACAGCUCAAGUUAAAUUUACCGAGUUGUAUAGACAUACUACAAGUAAUCAAAAGGUAUAUUAUAGGAAUACUAUAGUUUAUUAGUCAGAGGCACACACGGACACCCAGGACGCCCCAGCACGCCGCCGCAGAAUGGAUCUCCCACCAAUCAGAGGUUUAUCUGAUGUGCCGUGAGCGUUGGGAGCACCUUGCCCCAGCCCCGGCCUGCAGCCCCGGUGCCACCCAGCCUGGCUCACCAGGAUGGACCCUGCUCAUUCUUUUAGGAUGGAGCUAGAUGGGCUGGACCUCCAGCAGGUCCCAGUGCUGUCGCUCGACCAGAUACGUGCCAUCCGGGCCAACAAUGACUAUGUGGAGAGGCCUGUGGCACUGGAACCGGCAUCCCAGUCUGGAUUUUUCUAUGCCCAUGAUGACCGUUACCCUCAUUAUCCCCACUACCCCCAGCCUUCCUUCCACUCGGCCCUGCCCCGCAGCCAAAGUCAGCAGCAACAUGCUCACAUGUCCCACCUGAGCCGUUCCAGUACCAUAAGCUCUUCCAUGUCUCGGACCAGUGCCACCUCAGACCAGCGGCUACUGACGGGUUUGACACCAUCUCACUCUGGCCUUGGUCCGGUGAUCCGUUCUCAGCCUAAAGGAGAACUCAAGUCUGACACUUCCUUUGGAAAAGGCCUGACAGAGGACGAGGCUGAGGUGGGCCGUCAUUUGUUCAUCUGCGAGCGGUGUGGUCGCUGUAAGUGCCAAGAGUGCUGCGCCCCCCGCCGCCUGCCUUCCUGUUGGGCCUGCGGACAGCGCUGUCUGUGCUCCGCUGAAAGUGCCGUGGAGUAUGGCACCUGCUUGUGCUGUGUUAAAGGCCUGUUCUACCACUGCUCUGCCCAGGAUGACGAGGAUAACUGUGCUGACCGGCCAUGCUCUUGCGCUCCAGCCCACGCCUGUGCCCGCUGGGGCACCAUGGGGCUGCUGGCGCUCUGCCUGCCCUGCCUCUGCUGCUACCCCCCUGCCAGGCUGUGCCUUGCCAUGUGCCAGUGUGCCCACGACCGCACCACGCGCCCCGGCUGCAGGUGCAGUAACACCAACACUGUGUGCCGCAAGAUUUCAGCCUCUAACCCUAACCCUGGUCAUCCCUCGCUCCGCAGCAAGGCCUUAGAGAAGCCGUUAUGACAGGCCUGGAAGGGGGCCAGGUAAAUACAUUUCCCCUAAGCCGUCGCCAAAGCAACGCUGUCGCCAAUCAACAGUGCCACAGCUAAAAUUGUGACGGCAAUGCCAUUGUGAUCCAUCUACCUACAUACGAAAAGCCAACCAACCCACCAACCCACCGUGAAGUGUUGUUCACCUAAUGUACCUUGAAUUUACUUCAUCUCCAGCUCAGGAGGGACCAAAGCUUUACUGUGCCUGUUCAUGUUGGAGACUUAAUGCCUAAAAACAAAUCUCAGCCUGAAGAAGAUGCUGUCGUGCUUUGCUGGACUGCCCUUCAACCUUAACCAAGACAUCCAGACAGGAACCGCCUCUCUCUGCAUUCUGUGGUGCAAUGUGGACGUAUUUGAAUCUAUUUAUUUACUGUUGACCCUCCUUCCUCCCCACCCUCUGCAAAGAGAAUGCACAGAGCACUGAGAUGGGCGAUGGCCCAAAUCAGGAAGGAAAGAUGCCUGUGGCGAUGUGUACGGUCUAUGCCAACAGAGUUUCUGUCCUCUAAAAAAUGAGAAUCAGGAGACGCAUGGGAGAUCAAGGACUUAGACCACAGUGACAUUCAGAAAACUCCACAAAAGGUUGAAGAUGAAUGCAUGAAGAAACCAACGGUGUGCCUCGGUGCAUAUCUGACUGGGACUUUUAGCAAAGCACCAAGGCAUUAAGUGAGAACAAAAACACUUGUAACACAUCUGUAACAACAGUUUGACACCAAAAAAAGGGACCAUGCACUGUAUGAACUGAGUGAAUUUCAAUGCUAUUAAGCUCAUUUGUAAAGGAAAAGCACUGUGAGGUAGAUGGACAAUGUUUUCCCCAUCAGCCAAGAGCUGAAUGGGGGAUUAUUUAACCAGAGGGAGGGUGCAUCCAUUGUCAUCAGGCAGCGUGUGUGUGUGGGUGUGUGUGUCUGUGUGUCCUCCUACUGUUCAACAACCUGUGUAUGUAGAAGCGGUGUGUAUGUUGUUUUGUCAGCAUAAGAAGCCUCCUUUGUCUUAUUUUUAGCAGUGCUGCUUCAGUGGAGCUCUGAGAGUCUGGUCGGGUUUCCUCCCGAAGUCAGCCUGUCGCCAAACCUCCCUCCUCUGACCGACCUCCUUCACUGCCCCCACCUCCAUCCUUCUCUCCUCCUCCUCUGCUCCACCAAAUCCACUCAUCCUCGAAUCAAAUGCUUUUUUCUCUGGGCCAUCUUUGUGUGUCACUUUCAUUCAGACAGUCGGUUGGUACCUUUAUCCUGAAUCACUUAAUAUGGAAAAGCAAUAGAUUCACAAUCGUAACACAAAUCCUGACACCAUGGAAGUUCAAAGAUAACAUUUGCACAAAGCUUCACUACUUGAAAAAGUUAUUUUGCUUCAAUGAAAUUAUACUAGGGAAACUAAGCAAAAUGCUAAGUUUCCCACCAUUCCUACCAAACUUCAGCCAAAUUGUCCAAAUUUGUAGAAAUAUUUGGUUAUUUCAGUUAUUUCCAUCAUCUUGCUACAGUAUGCAACAAGCUAUGUUGCACCUCUGCCUGUUCACAGUCAUCACAGCUGUAUGAGGUAGCAGUAGCAGCCGCUUUUCAAAAUGCUUUUUUGGGGGGUGGAUGCUCUUAUAGGUUGUCAGGGCGAUUGCAGUGGGAUGGUGAGAAAGCAGCUGUUAUUCACAAGAGAUGCUCUGCUUUCGUGAGGCAUGCUCUUGCAGGUCGAUUGUAAUAGUGAUUGCUAUGGUGGUUUGAAAGCAGAUUUAAGUGUAAUCCAACGUGACUUUUAGCACUGAAAGCAAGCUCCUAUAGGUUUUGGGUGUUAGGUGAAGUCCAGAGGACUGCUAAUCCAAUAGGACCAAAUAAAAGUCUGUUAAUGCUCAUGAUACUGAAAUUGAAAAAAAUCAAAACAAGCUAUUGAUUUAAUUGUCACGUUUUUUUGAUUGUGGUGGAACUUGCCGCAACAACUCCAAGCAAACUAAUUACCCUGCAAUUGAGGUUAGCACAACACUCUGCUAGUUGGCCAUUCUAAAAUUGAAGUUGUGCGGCUUUGAUGACCUUUGAGUAUCCCAGCAGUCUGUCAGGGAUGACCCCACCCAUUCUCAGAAGCUCAAGUGGGGAAGAUGCUUUGAGAAUAUGGCCUAAGAAACUUUAUCAGCUUAACGAGACUUGACUCAGGUCUAUCAAAUAAGAAGUCCUUUAGGGCUGCUAGAGAGUCAUAUUUAGUUGCCCUCUACAUACUGCUCUAUAAUGUGUUGCUUCCAGGACAGAAAAUUCAAAUCUUCCAGCAAGUGGCUCAAAAAGACAAUUUUUUUUUUUUCUCUUUUGAAAUUAUAACACAAAAAGAAAAACAACCUAAACCAACCAGCGAAAGCCAGCUGACAAGAGGCGUCUAUUUCCCACACACCCAUAUAUCCCUCCUGCCUCAUCCGUCUCUCCUCUUACGCUCAGAGGGCUAAAAGCCUCCAGUUCCUGGUCCACAGAGAGUUGAUCAAACAGGCAAUUAGCUUCAUGAUAGCUCUUAAUGGGCCGGAGAAGAAUGGAGCGUGGGAGGGAGGGAAGUGAGGGGACAGGAUGAGUGGAGUUGUGGUGUUUGGCAGAUGGACAGCUGAUGGGGAGAGAGGGAUGCUGGGAGGAAAGAGAAAAGGGAAAGGUUGGAUAAAGGGCAAGAAAAGAGAAAGAGAGGAUGUUGAUGUUGGCGUUUGGUCAGAUGGAGAAGAUGCAUGCUCGAAAAAAGUGAGCAAUGUAACUUUUUUAGUUUUUUUCCCUUUGGUUGCUUCUGCUAAAUUUAUUCAGCACUUCAGGUACACAGAUCAAAUGUAAUGUAAAUGCAACAGUGCAUGGCUUUUCUCGGAGUGAAAAGCUGAUAAAAACAACACACACACACAGCUGUCAGGUGUAUGAGUGUGUAUGCAUGUACAUGUAUUCAAGCGUGUGUUCAUGUUUGGAUCCAUAUGGGCUUUUCUCUGUGUGUGCGUGUCAGGGUGCAUCACAUAAGCACAGACACACACACACUGACCUGAUUUGUUAAA